CCAUAGCAUUCAUUAGAAACGGAGAUAAAAUUUAUGACGACGGCGCCGACAUAUAUAAAUGAUUGAAAACUGCUAUUUCGUUUAAUAUGUAAUACGCUUCCAAGAUGAAGGCAUUUGUAUUUACAUUAUCGCUGCUCGCGCUGGCGUCCGUGGGGUAUCCACGGGCGAUGCCAACACUCUACCGGCUACAGCCGGACGUGAGACCGUUGCCACCGCAACCGGACGUUCGUCCGUUGCCGCCUUCGCCUGACGUGUACCCACUGCCCCCAAAUCCCGAUGUAAAACCACUGCCUCCUAAUCCUGACGUGUACCCGUUGCCUCCUAAUCCUGACGUGUACCCGUUGCCUCCUAAUCCAUAUGUAUACCCAUUACCUCCUAAUCCUGAUGUAUACCCAUUGCCCCCUAACCCAUACGUUGACCCUUUACCUCCAAACCCGGACGUUCGUCCCUUGCCCCCUAACCCAGACGUUUUCCCUUUACCUCCAAACCCAUACGUCAUCCCCUUACCUCCAAACCCAUACGUAAUCCCCUUACCUCCAAACCCUGAUGUACGUCCCUUGCCCCCUAACCCACACGUUUUCCCCUUACCUCCAAACCCGGACGUUCGUCCCUUGCCUCCAAACCCAUACGUCAUCCCCUUACCUCCUAACCCAGACGUUAUCCCCUUACCUCCAAACCCGGACGUUCGUCCCUUGCCUCCAAACCCAUACGUCAUCCCCUUACCUCCGAACCCAUACGUCAUCCCCUUACCUCCAAACCCGGACGUUCGUCCCUUGCCUCCAAACCCAUACGUCAUCCCUUUACCUCCAAACCCGGACGUUCGUCCCUUGCCUCCAAACCCAUACGUCAUCCCCUUACCUCUAAACCCGGACGUUCGUCCCUUGCCUCCAAACCCAUACAUCAUCCCCUUACCUCCAAACCCGGACGUUCGUCCCUUGCCUCCAAACCCAUACGUCAUCCCCUUACCUCCAAACCCAUACGUCAUCCCCUUACCUCCUAACCCUGACGUUAAACCCUUACCUCCAAACCCAUACGUCAUCCCCUUACCUCCUAACCCUGACGUUAAACCCUUACCUCCAAACCCAGAUGUCUACCCACUGCCUCCAGUCCCUUAUGUUCGCCCAUUGCCCCCAAACCCAACUCCAAUUGUAUACUAAUUACCUACUGCCAAAUUUAGACAAUCACAGUAUGGUGGUACCAUUCCCAACUAUUAGCAUCAGAUAGCAUACCCUUAUAGACUAAAAUCUGCGCCCAGAUAUCAGCCAUUGCGUAAGAGAUAUCCACAAGUUUUUACAUGAGUAUACCAUUGACUACAAAUAGUUGUAUUGUUACAAUAGAAUGUUUAGGUACUAAAUACAAAGAUCAAUAAAUUAUUUAUUAAUACUGA